UUAUUUGUUUGUGCGGGUAGAUUAAAAUACUAAUAUUGUGUACGAUUUAAAGUUAUAAAUGUACAUAUGAAUUAACACUUUUUUCGUUUCGUCAUGGAUUCCGGAGGAUGGGAUUUCAAUGCCCCACAAUACAUCGACUUUUCUCAACCGUGCGAGGACGAAAAUGUCGACAAAUACUUUGAACUUGACUAUGAAAGUGGAGAGCAAGUGUGUUUGGAAGAUGGUAUAGAUGGCAGUCUGAACGGCACAGACACAGGUGAUGUGUUUGCUACUCCUCAAAGUGAGGUCAAGCGAGUCACCAGAUCUUCGACACGGACACCACUAAACAAAGCAUCAAAUGCUGUUGAUGUUCCCACGCCAGAAGUAGUUGCCAGUAAAAUUCAGUCGAAAGAUGUACAUACGCCAACUGAUAGCCCGCGGGUGACCAGGGCAGGGAAGGGACCGACUCCAAAAACAGUUGAUGUAGAGACGCCAACUGGUAGCCCACGGGUGACCAGGGCAGGGAAGGGACUUACUCCAAAUACAGUUGAAAAAUUGGUUAAACAAAAUGAAAAGCCAAAGAACCUUUGUACAAACCUGGAUGAGUGGCGAAAGAAAACAACUGCAACUAAACAGCAGAAAAGCUGCAGUGAAGUACAAAAAGAAGCGGGAGAGAUGGAUAAUAAACCAGCAACGAAACGCCAGUAUCGCUCCCUGGACAGGUCUGAGUCCCAAAAGAAACCAAGGACAGAGAGCACUGAAAGGGGUAGAGCGCCCGGGCGUACCACGGGCCUCCAGCGGAGUAACACCUUUAACACCCACACCACCCGAAACCAGUCCAUGGACUCCACAACCAAGAAGGCACAUACCCGUGGGCUUUCUGGGGACAGAAGGGCAGGGUCGGCCAGCAGUCAAGAAAAACAUAAGACGGGUGGCAUGACCAUACCCACAACACCUACAGUUAUGAAGAGGAAGCCCAUGAAUGUUCAGCCACAGGGGACAGUGAAGAACUCGGAGCAGCUCGAGUUGGAGAAGAUUGCCUACUACAGGAAGGAGCUGGCAAAGAAACGCAAGAUCAACGAGGAAAGCUGCCGUGCAGCACUUGCUGGAAAAGGCCCAGUUGGACCUGUACAGGUGAAACAUCUCACAAGGACGGAGGAGUUCAAAUUUGAGACGGAUUCCCGUAUCAAGACGCAUGCCAUGGAGACUAGAGGUGACGGGGAUGUGAAGGACUUUGCCAGCGGCCUCAGAUCAGAUACUGGCAAACAAGCUGGACCAAUGAAGUCUGGCCCAACUAUACCGGAGCCUUUCAAGCUGUCAAGCCAGAGGAAGAGGAAAUUGCCAGAUCUGGAGGAAAAACAAGCAGAGAAAUAUGAGUCUAUGGCCCAGAGACUGGCAAAUUUCGCCAAAACCCCUGACCGCUUCCGGUCCAAACCAAAAGCUGGCCCCACUAAUGAGAAGCGUGGCCGUUCCCGGUCUCCACCCCAUGGGAUCACUGUGCCCAAGACGCCCCAGUUUGAGACGCGCACCCGGUCCCGCCCAGUGACAGCCCCCAGCAGAGAGGAUGAGGAGAGACAGGAGCUAGAGGAGAUGCACAAGCAUCAGUUCAAGGCUCACCCAAUGAACCAAAGGAUCUUCAAGAACCCCAGCACGGGUAUCCGGAAGGUUUCCAGCAAGGCACCCACAGUUCCUGAGGAGUUCCACCUCUCACACAACAACCGGGCCCUGCACCGCGAUGACAAACACCAGGAAGAGCAUUAUGAGUUUCAUGCUAAACCGCUGAACAAGAAGAUCCUAGAUGGCCCUGUGGGAGUAAAGGAGCCGAAGAGACUGCCCCUAACUGCCCCAGAGUCGCCUGCCUUUGCUCUCAAACACCGGGCAAGGUUACCUAUAGUCGAGGAACCAACUCAGGAAUCAGACAAGCCUGUGCUGCGGUCACGCCAGGUGCCCCAUUACGGGCUCCCGUUCCAGCCCCAGCUGAACCACAAGAUAACCGAGCCCGAACCAUUUGGCUUUGAGGAACGAGAGAAGAAAAGGGCUGAAGUCCGUGCCCGCAAGAUGGAACAGAUACUGGAAGAGGAAAAUAAGAACCGACAGUUCCAUGCCCAGCCCCUACCGGAUCACGAACCCAACCUGCCCCCCAAGAAGAAGAUGCCCCUGACGAAAGCAUGCCCCUUUAACCUUGACACCGACAAUCGUGGGGCUCGCAAGGUUGAGGAGUGGAAUAAAAAGAUGGAAGAUGAAAAGCAAGAGGCAAAGGAGAGGCUGAGGUUCCGAGCGCGCAGCCCCACAGUCCUUGAACAAGAGCCCUGGAAACCACAAAAGGAAAACAGGCCAGCCACAGGUACUGAAAACAGGGAGAUCAGUGAAUUUGAGCUAAACACGGCCAAGAGGAUCGUGAAGCGAGAAGCUUAUGAGAUGAGCCGCAAGCAGCGACAGGACGAUCUGGAUAAUAUCCGACUGCAGGAGGAGCGCGCACGCGAGGCUGAAGAGCAGGCAGAGAAUGAGAGGCUCCGACGGGAGGCGGUCCACCAUGCCGAGCCCGUGAAACACUACAAGGGUGUCCCCAUCAGGCCAAGCAUCAAGCCCCUCACCGCCCCGAUGUCACCCCACUUCAGGACAGAUUCUAGACUACGGUCCAGGAACCAGGAUGCUGAAAGCUUUAUGUCUGCAUGAUACUCAGACAGUGUUGGCUGGUAACAAUGUUGGUUGAAACAUUUGUUCUUAGCUAAAAUUGAUGUGAUAAUUGAUUUGCUGAUUAAUUUUAAGACUCAUUUUCUUCCAACAUGACAAUGUAGGAAAUUGUAUGGCUUUCGUGAUUCAGUAUACUUGGCAUUAAAAAGAAAUUAAUUUUUGUUACAGUGAAUGUAGCAGGAAUGGGAUUUGUCUAAUCAUGACCCCCCAUUAUUAUUUUUUUCGCUGAUGUUUAAAAAAUGGGUUGCUGCUUUAUUGGUUGUUAGUAUUGACACUCCCAUUUAAUUUGAAAUUAGCCUGAUAAGGGCUUCUAAAAAGCCAUUUUUGCUUCCUUGGCAUGGUGCUUCACCCACUUUGACCUCUAUUUGGGGGGUCUUAAGCACCACCCAAACCCAUCACCAAACUAGUUUCAGCCCUUUAGCUGCCUGGUAAAUGACGUCCCUGUAGGUAAAAUAUCUUUUCAGAUUCUUGUUUAAAGGAAUAAGGAUUUAGUUGAAGGGAAAAUUAAGAGUUAAAGGUCAGACAAAGCAGUGUUAAUUUUGAUAUUGACCUGUUUCUCAGAUCAUGCUAGUACAUAAUAUAUUUUUAAGAAUGGCACCAUAAUCUUUAAGAAAAACAAAGGUUUUCAGUAUGCAUUUGAUAUUGACACUAUGCAUGUUACCAUGUUAAUCUACUUAGUGGUGUGUGUGUGUGCAUUUUUUCUUUUUAUUAUGCCCCCUUUUGAAAAAAGUGGGGUAUAUUGUUUUGCACAUGUCGGUCGGUCGGUCGGUCGGUCUGUCUGUCUGUCGGUCGGUCGGUCGGAAUACCAAAUGGUUUCUGAUCAAUAACUUGAGAACGCUUUGACCGAGGGACCUCAUACUUGGUAUGUGUAUUGGUCAUCACCAGCAGAUGAACCCUAUUGAUUUUGAGGUCAGUGGGUCAAAGGUCAAGGUCAGUGUGACCUUUACAUGAAAAACGGUUUCCGAUCAAUAACUUGAGAACGCUUUGACCCAGGAACCUCAUACUUGGUAGGUGUAUUGGUCAUGACCAGCAGAUGAACCCUAUUGAUUUUGAGGUCAGUGGGUCAAAGGUCAAGGUCAGUGUGACCUUAACAUGAAAAACGGUUUCCGAUCAAUAACUUGAGAACGCUUUGACCCAGGGACCUCAUACUAGGUAGGCUUAUUGGUCAUGACCAGCAGAUGAACCCUAUUGAUUUUGAGGUCAGUGGGUCAAAGGUCAAGGUCAGUGUGACCUUUACAUGAAAAACGGUUUCCGAUCAAUAACUUGAGAACGCUUUGACCCAGGGACCUCAUACUUGGUAGGUGUAUUGGUCAUGACCAGCAGAUGAACCCUAUUGAUUUUGAGGUCAAAGGUCAAGGUCAGUGUGACCUUAACAUGAAAAACGGUUUCCGAUCAAUAACUUGAGAACGCUUUGACCCAGGGACCUCAUACUAGGUAGGCUUAUUGGUCAUGACCAGCAGAUGAACCCUAUUGAUUUUGAGGUCAGUGGGUCAAAGGUCAAGGUCAGUGUGACCUUUACAUGAAAAACGGUUUCCGAUCAAUAACUUGAGAACGCUUUGACCCAGGGACCUCAUACUUGGUAGGUGUAUUGGUCAUGACCAGCAGAUGAACCCUAUUGAUUUUGAGGUCAGUGGGUCAAAGGUCAAGGUCAGUGUGACCUUUACAUGAAAAACGGUUUCCGAUCAAUAACUUGAGAACGCUUUGACCCAGGGACCUCAUACUAGGUAGGCUUAUUGGUCAUGACCAGCAGAUGAACCCUAUUGAUUUUGAGGUCAGUGGGUCAAAGGUCAAGGUCAGUGUGACUGUAAGCUGAAAAAAGGUUUUCUGAUUGUCCAUAUUUUUUUAAUGCAUGCACAGAUGAUUGGGAUUGAUGUAUAAAUGUUUGUAUAGAAAUGAUUUUCUUUUAUGUUACUAUUUUAGUUGGGCAUUUAUUUGCCUUCUUAAGUUAUCAUAAGUAGAUGACCUGCCUCAUAUGCAUCCAAUGACAAAUCAGCUGUCAUUUCAGUCCAUGCAUAUUUCAUUCAAUUGUCCAAAUAUUUCUGGCAACUUGGCGCUCAGGGGGCAUAAUGUUUGACAAACAUCUCUUGUUUUUCCUUCUUUGACAAACCUGUUUACUUCAUUUUCUAACUUUUCUGACACUUUCCUCGCUAUCAAGAGACUUGAUAUGGAAGUUCAUCGGUUAUGCAUAUUUGUGAGGAGCCAUUUUUCUCAGUUUUCUGUCAUGCAUUAUCAUUAAGGGAAGGGUGUAUGAUAAAUUAUUUUUAUAUUUUAAGUAAAACUUGUAAAUACAAUUAUAGUUUUAAUGUAGAACAUAGUAACCUAUGCGCGUUAUUAAUGUUUUGUCAAAAUGUUCUGUGUCUUUCUUUCCUCGUAUCUUCCUGGAUUUGGGAGUUGUAUUUUGUAUCUAUAAUCACAUGUAAGUUUUUAUUGCAGUUUUAUCACUUAUUCAUUCAAUGGACACUCUUAAAUUUUUAAUGCCAGAUUAACGUGAAUGAUUGUAAUAAAAAUGUUGAUGUAUUCUUGUAUGGAAAUAAAUAAUGAAUUUGU